CAUUUGUCUUUGGUGUAGAGAUAUAGCUGACAAGGUGAUACAGUCAGCACUAUGAUAAACACACCAUUCCAUCUUGCACAACCGUACGGCGGCGAUGUACGCGUGAAUAAGUGGUCAGCUUUACGAUGACGGACCAUUGAUAAACGUUUGACCGGGGGAUGGUACGAUGUUAUUGGUGCAGGGUGUAAUGAAUGGAGCAUCCUCCUCCUCGGCGGAAGCGCACGACGGGGUAGCGACUGAGGGGCUGGCACUGAAGGUGUGAACUGAACCCGCGGUGUGUGAAAUGGAGCGGUUUGUGGACAAGGAAACUUCGUUUUGCUGACACAGCAGGAACGCAGAAAAAAUACUUGUAUUAUCGGCUCUUUUUUCUCAUCUGAAUUCGCCCUUGACUUCUCAUCUUUCCACUGAUGGCUUGUCUUGCCCUGGGUCGGGUUUGAUAUGGGAUUUAUGUCGGCUGAGGCUAGAUUUAGUGCCGUAGUUGCAGUAGUGCUCUUGGCUGUAGCCCAGGUGUCUGCAGAUGUAAAGUGUGAGAACAUCUACAAGGACUUCUCCGACUGUGUCCUGGAGCUCGGGGAGAGCAUGGACAACCAGCAGGAGAAUGUCACCAGUGAGAAGGGCGUGGAAGCUGUCUGCAGCCACUGGGAGGCGUUCCACUCCUGCGCUCUCACCGCACUCUCCGACUGUCAGGAGGAAGCAGGGCCCAUAUGGGAGACUUUAAGGGCAGACUCCAGGAAGCUCCGGUUCCAGGGCAGCCUGUUCGACCUGUGCAGCCCCAACGCCGCCCCCGGCCUGGGCUUGGCCUGGCUGCCCAUGUCCCUGCUCUUGCUUCCCCUGGUGGUCCAGCUGCUGUCAGGGCCAGAGUCCAUCUGUCCGUCCCUAUAGACUCCAUACAUUCCUCUCUCUCUCUCUCUCUCUCUCUCUCUCCAUCCCUGCACGUUCUCCCACCUGGGUGGUCUUCUUCCUCAGCAUGUUUAAUACAUGAGGAUUAUGCUGGAUGAGAUGAUGCAGAAGGCACCAGGCAAAGCAAUGGCAUUCAAAUAAGAAUACAUGAUGAAAUAUUUGGAAUCUGUGCCUCCUCCUUAAGGUAAAAAAAGAUGAAUGGCGUGACAUUUUUAUGUGUGUUUUUAAAGUGUUGUGAAAAAAGGUGUUGAUGUGUUAAAAGAAUGACCCUGUACUGUGACAAUCAACCCAUCCUCCUGAUCAAGCACA